AUGUCUUCUUCACACGCCCUCCUCGCCGCGCUCUCAACCCUCAGCCUCCUCCCAUCCGCCUGGGCGAAUCCCACAAUCUCCUUCCCCUUCAACGCACAGCUCCCGCCCGUCGCCAGACCAAACCAUGCCUUCUCAUACUCCUUCUCGCCAAACACGUUUCGAUCCGACUCCUCCAACAUGACAUACUCCCUCGGCGACCAUCCCAGCUGGCUAUCGAUAGAGAGCGAGAGCAGGAGGCUCUACGGGACGCCCAAGGAAGAGGAGAUCCCGCCCGGGGAAGUUGUGGGACAGGAGUUUGGGCUCGUUGCUACGGAUGAGGCUGGGUCGACGACACUGAAUGCCACGCUUGUCAUUUCACGGAGACAGCCGCCAUCGGUACAUGUUCCAAUAUCGCAGCAGAUGGACAACUUUGGGCAAUUCUCGGCGCCGUCUUCCAUCCUGUCAUAUCCUUCGACAGAGUUCCAGUACACCUUUGAUCCGAAUACAUUUGUUGGUCACGGCACGAAUCUCAACUACUACGCAUCUUCAAACGACAGCACGCCUCUGCCGGCAUGGAUCAGGUUCAACGACAAGACAUUGACAUUCUCGGGAAGAACGCCCGCCUUUGAGUCGCUGGUCCAGCCUCCGCAGAAGUUCGACUUCAGCCUCGUUGCGUCGGACAUUGUCGGCUUCUCGGGGACGUCCCUGUCCUUUGCGAUUGUGGUGGGGAGCCACAAACUGACGACGGACGACCCAAUUGUUCGACUGAAUGCUACAAGAGGCGCAAAAGCCAGCUACGAUGGUCUGGCCAAGGGCAUCCAGCUAGACAACGAAGCCGUUCGACCCGGUUCCCUCGACGUGUCUGCAGAGGAUAUGCCGUCUUGGCUGACUCUUGAUCCUAAAACGCUGCUUCUGGAGGGGACUCCGCGAGAGAACGACCGCUCAACAAACUUUACCAUCGUCAUCCGAGACUCUUUUGCCGAUGCCCUCAGCGUCCUUGUCCAGGUCGACGUGGUAACGGAAUUAUUCCAAUCGAACCUCGAAGACAUCCAGAUAGAGCCUGGUAAAGAAUUCAACUUGGACCUGUCCGCCUACUUUCGCGAUCCAAGUGAUAUCCAGCUCCAUGUCGAUACCGAUCCCGAAGUAGGCUGGCUUCACGUCAUAGGGCCCAAACUGUCGGGCACCGUCCCCAAGGCGGCAAGGGGCAAGUUCAACAUGUCCAUCAAGGCCGUUUCCCGAAGCACCGGCCUCACAGAGACACACAAGGCUCGCGCCGAAUUCCUGACUCCCGACGAAGCAAUCGACACGGCAUCAUCGCCAUCCGGAGCAAAGCCUACCGGCCCAGCCAGCGCAAAGUCCGAAGACUCCCGCCGCCACCGCCUCGGCACAACCGACGUUCUGCUUGCAACCAUCUUACCAGUUCUCUUCAUUACGUUUGCCAUCAUGCUGCUUGUUUGCCUCAUGCGCAGGCGGCGGCGGCACCGACAAACCUACAUCUCCGCCAGCAAACACCGGCCCAAGAUAUCAGAUCCAAUACGCUUCACUCUACGCAACGACGAGUCAGAUGCUGAGACAAUCUUCCACGUGGAGGAUACUGUUCGUUCAAAGGCGUCUAACGGGCGGCUAGUCAGGAAGGGCGACGGCAUCUUUGCUGAUGUUGCGUCACGCGUAUCAUCGAGGUCAAAGACAUCGGGCACCUUGCAUGACAGCUCCGUCCUGCGCGCUCCCCCGCGUCCACUGGCCUCGGGGGCUCGAUCCGGAACGCCCAGGAGCGUGAGCCCCCUGACAGAUGAUGGGGAUCACGGCUCUUGGUUCACUGUGGAGAGGGCAACGACCGGUGAAAAGAGUCACAAGUCAUCAGAGAGCAACCAAUCGGACACGACCCUACCUGAAGUCGCCCAGCCAUAUUUGCCUACAUCCGGCUUCCUCUCAGAAGCAGGGGAGAGUGCGUUCAGGAGCGGGCUGGACCUCACUCUGCCGUCGUUGGAGGACCUGGCCAAUAUCCAACCGAUGCCCCUAGUAAUAAACAAACCAUCAACACAGUCAGAUACUAGCUCUGGGGCAUUUUCAGCCAUCACGUCGAGCUCAGCCGCACUGCCAAGCACCCUCGCCCUGAUCCAGGAGCCUUUUGAUCCAGAUCUCGUCAGGCGAGCGCUAGAGCCAGCCAAGGAGCCUCUAAUAGAGAAGCAGGCAGAGAUCCAAGCAGCAGAGAAAGCCACAGAGCUGCAGCAGCCAGCCCAGGCACGUCUUCCGAGCCAGCAGUGGUUCAGCCGGGGCGGCUCCUCCUGGUUGGAAGCAGAUUCCGGCAAGGGGGCCAAGAGCUUCCGCACAGAUCCAUCGUUUGGAUCCAACGAGAACUGGCGCGUCGCCCCGGGGCGGCGAGAUCCGAGCGUUGCUUACUUGGAGCUCGUGGACGAGACGCCCUUCCUGCCGUCGAGGACGGCAUCGAGGAUCAGCCUGGGCAAGCUGGGGCAGCUGGAGGAGCGGCGCAGCCUCGAGCUCAUGUCGCCCAGCAAGUGGGGCGAGGACGAGCGGAAGAGCACGAUACGGCCGAUGCGGUCGACGAGCGCGAUCUCGAUUCUGAGCGACGGCGAUGCGUCUGUGUUUGGCGAGAGGGAAGCGGUGGCGAAGGGCAAAACGGCGUGGAGGAGAGAGGAUUCGGCUGCAAAGGUGUCGGAGAGGAGCUUCAAGAUGUUUAUAUAA